GAGCUAAUCACAUUUCUCUCACUUGGAAAGAUCAUAAGUAACAGCUAGCUGCGACUAACAUAUAUUUUCACCACAAUGGUUUUCGGUCUUCAUACCCUCUCCCUGAACCGUGUUGCUUCCCUCCACCAGCUUCCUUCAAUAUCAUCACCCAAUAGCCACAGGGUAAUAAAUCGCCGGCUUAGCAUGGUGGUCCGCAGUACUACGGCGGACCACAGACGGUCGGCCAAUUACAAGCCAACAACAUGGAGUUACGAGUUUCUCCAGUCCAUCAAGGUCAAUGACAGCAACGAGAAUCAACGGUACAAAGACAAGGCAGUGAUGUUAGAGAGGGAGGUCAGAAUGGUUCUGGAGAGUUACAUAUUGGAGGAGCAAAAUUCGUUACGUGUACUGGAACUGAUCGAUGAUAUCCAGAGAUUGGGCUUGGCCCAUCGGCUCGAGAAUGAUGUUAAAAAAGCUCUGGGUAAAUUCAUCUCUAUUGAAGGUUGUAACACCAUGAGUAGUAAUAUGUCCCUCCACGAGGUUGCUCUUGGUUUCAGACUUCUUAGACAAAAUGGUUACUUCGUCUCGCAAGAUGUGUUCAAGGAUUUGGUGAGUGACAAGAAUAAUGAAGCCCUCUUGAAGGGAUGCGGCCAUGAGGAUGUGAGAGACAUGCUGAGUCUGUAUGAAGCUUCAUAUCUUGCCUACCAGGGUGAAGCCAUUUUGGACAAGGCGAGGGAACAUGCGACUGAACGUCUCAACACCUUCCUAAUGGAAAUCAGCUCGAGUAAUGGUGAUGAAAACAUGGAAGAACUGGUUCGUCAUUCUUUGGAGGUUCCGUUGCAUAGGAGAAUGGUGAUGCUAGAAGCAAGAUGGUACGUUGAAGCAUAUAAGAAGAAAGAAGGAGCAAACAUGGCGUUGCUUGAACUAGCCAAGCUAGAGUUCAACAUGGCUCAAUCAGUACUCCAAGGUGACCUUAAGGUCACAUCAAGGUGGUGGAACAAUUUGGGGUUAGCCAAAGAGCUUAGUUUCAGUAGAGACAGAUUGGUGGAAUGCUUUUUUUGGACCGUCGGAAUGAUGUUCGAGCCUCGGUUUAGCUCAUGUCGCAAGGUUUUAACACAAGUUACUUCGUUUAUCACCAUAAUCGAUGAUAUCUACGAUGUUUAUGGCACUAUGGAUGAGUUGGAAUUAUUCACCGAUGCUGUAGAAAGGUGGGACAUCAAUGUUGUAUCAAGCAUGCCGAAGUACAUGAAGUUAUGUUUCUUAGCUUUCUAUAACACCAUAAACGAGAUGGGUUAUGAAGCUCUCAAGAAGUAUGGACACAACACCAUCCCUUACCUCACUAAAGCAUGGGCUGAUAUGUUGAAGGCAUUCCUCAAAGAAGCAAAGUGGAGCUCCAAAGAGUGCAACCCACCAACAUUUUCCGAAUACAUGGAAAAUGCAUGGAAAUCUGUUUCAGGAGCUGUCAUUCUGAUUCAUACAUAUUGUCUUUCGUAUGAUGAUAUCAAUUUCUCAAAGGAGGCACUGUGCCACUUGAUGAAAUCGAUCGAAAUUCUUCGCUGGCCAUCUAUCAUUUUUCGUUUAUGCAACGAUCUAGCAACUUCAUCGGAGGAGAUGGCACGAGGUGAAACAGUGAAUGCAAUCUCAUGCUACAUGAAUGAAACCGGAGUCAGCGAGGAGCAUGCCAGGGAGCACAUGAAAUCCUUGAUUGAUGUAGCAUGGAAGAAUAUGAACGAAGAGUUACUAUUAAUUACGAAACAUGAGUAUUCGCCGACAGAUGAACAUGUGUUUUCUAAAUCAUUUCUUCAAUCGGUGAUUAAUCUUGCGAGGAUCUCUCACUAUACUUAUCUGACCGGAGACAACCAUGGUGCUCCGGAUGCUGGAUCCAAGAAGAGAGUCAUGUCCCUUCUCAUUGACCCUAUCAAAAAUUAAACGUGAUUAAGCUUAUAGUAUUCUCCCUCCUCAUGGAAACUAUGAUUACUGCCAUUAAAUGGGUAACAUUAUUUCGUACUCGGUAUGAGCUACACUCCAGGAGGAACAUAUAGAGCAUUAAAUGGAAUACUUAGCCAGAAAAUAAGGAUACUGGUUUCCAAUGAAUUUCAUCAUUUUUUGCAUUAAAUAUUUUUUUCUUUUUAUUUAUUGUCACAUGAACUCAACUACUCAUGUAUUGUAUUAGGGAUAAAUAGUCUUAUCCGUUUGUGUUUAGUAUUCUUUGUAUCUCAAUUAUUCUAACUCCUUCUCCUUGUUCUAUACUCUACUUCUCAUGUACUCCUUGGGUUAUAAAUACCCCUUAUUGCUUAAUGAUAAUACACACAAUUCAUACAAA